AUGAUAAGAGUUGAGCAAUCGGUAGUGCACGUAUCAAAGAGACCGUAUGCUGUUCAUAGGCGUGGGCAGCGGUUACCGAGUCGCAAAGACCGGACCGAACAGAACCGAUCCGCACGCAUUUUGGACGGAUGCCGUGAUGACGAGACGGGGAUCGCACCUGUGGUUGAUUUUCUCUCCAAUACGCAUUUGUGCGAGGAUGGCGGAUUUGAGGUGAGAGAUCCAAAUAUAUUUGUGAUUUUGAUUUUUCGUUUGUGUCAGGUUACUGAGGAUGUGGAGUCCAAAGUGGAAAAUAGUGAGGAGGCAAAUUCAGCAAAGAAUUUAGAGUAUAAAACAAGGAAGGAUGCGGAUGAGCCUUCCAUGGAUGUCGGGUAUAAAACAAGGAAGGAAGUGGAUGAGCCAACAACAGAUGUAGAGCAUAAAACAAGGAUGGAUGUGGAUGAGCCAACAACAGAUGUAGAACAUAAAACAAUGAAUGAUAUGGAGGAGCUGAAGUUGGUUAAAGAUGUUUCGGAAAUGAAGUCAAAACUAAAUGGACUUGAAUCAAAACUAAGUGAGGCUGAAGUUAUCAUUUCAAAACUAACAGAGGAGAGGAGAUUGAAUGCUCAAGAGAGGGAAAGUUUACGGCAAGAAUUGGCUUUGUUGAUGAGCAAGAGAGUUGUAUGAAAAGUUUAUGCAGGAUUUCUUUUCCUAUUUGCUUGUAUGGUGGCACUUGUCUGUGUCAUGCUCAGGUACCUUCUAAACCGCUGAGAUAGAAUUUUUAGCAUGAAGAACGUUUGGGAGAUUCAAUAUAUGCCUGCCUCUACAUGAGAGAAUUGUUUAUAUAACCAGAGGUUGUUGAUAGAAGAAGACAUAGAUCACUAAAAUUCCCUCCUUUUGGUGCCUUUUUGUGGCUUUUGUCACUUUGCAACUUCGUAGUUGUUCACUAAUCUGAAUUGAAGUUGGUGAGUUCAAUAGAAAAUCUCAUCAAGGUGGUUUUAGUUGUAUGCAUUUACAUUUUCAAAAUCAAGAUAUAGAUGUUUUUGCACA